AUGGAGGAGGCAUAUAAGCAAUACGCGAACCAAGCGCGUCGCAAGAACCGCUCCAGCACAAACCUCAACCACCUCUCCCUCGCCCCCUUCACCUCCCGCCUGCCCCUCCAAGACGACGACGCCCUCCCCGACCACCUCACCUCGCCGCACCACAACACCUCCUACCUCGAGGGCAAAUCCGCCCCGACGACGCCCGGCCUGCUCACCCGCUCGCCCGCCUCUCACGCCCGCCGCGCUUCCGUGCCGCACGCCGACCUCCCCAAGAGCAAAUCAGCCACCCACCUGACGCCCUCCGCCGCCGACAGGAAAUCUCGCAGCCGAAAGGCCGUCUCAGGCACUACCUCGCCGACGGUACGCCGCCGGAAAGAUGACUUCUCGAUCCGGGACCGGAACGACAGCGAUUGGCUCCUCCGCACCGGCGCCCUCAUCAGCAACGAGAACCGCGAAUCAAAGGGCCAGGCGUGGCUCGUCUCGAGACAGAGCUCCACGAGCCUGACGGGCAUGCGGGACGCCGACGAGGAGGCUUUCGAAAGGGAAUUGGCUCGCGAGCGGGAGCUCACCAGCAGACGCAGCAGCCGGCGCGGCAGUCUCGCCGACCUGGAGGGCGCAGCCUCCUACACCCAUUCCGCUCGGCCCAGUCGUCCUGGGAGUCGGUCGGCGAGCAGAGUCGGCACCCGGAGCCAGAUGCUGACGCCGAUGGAGCGCGAACAACGUGAACGGCAUUCUCUCGAGGAGGGAUACUUCCCCCGCCACCACGACGGCGAAGACUACAUCCCCGGCCCGGAUUUCGUCAACCUCGACGAGCAGCUCGAGUCAUUCGACUUUGACACCACGCAAGACGACGAGGCCGCCGUCAGGAGGCUGGUCAAGGGCGAGAGGGCCGGUGGCGCCUCUUGGGUCGGGAAUAUCUUGGGAUGGCCGCUCUUCGCCGUCGAGGAGAACGAGGAAGAGUCCGACGACGAAGAUGACGACGUUGACGGGGACGAAUUCGAGGGUGAGGCCGACGAGGAUGGCGGGGCGCAUGGGCUCCACCGGUCGUGGUCAGCCCGGCAUUUCGAGGGUGUUAUCAGCGCCCCGGAAGAGCGGAUUCCGCCCCCAAAAGCAAACGAGGGUGGCUGGCAGGACGCGGCGUGGCUGCUCAGUGUGGCUACCAAGGUUUUGCUGUGA